GUGGAGCAAAGACGACGCCCGAGUGCUAGCUUAGCGGCGGUUAGCUUAGCCAGCAGCCGCCGCCAUUACCAGCCGACGUUAGCUAGCUGCUAGCGCCAACACAGGCCUGGAUGUUUGCCGAUAUCACCUCAGGGGAGCUUCAUCUGACAGUUUCUGUUUGAGUUUAAUUGAUAUAAACGUACGAUACUGUUCAGUGUACGUGGCUACAUUUAUCUUUAAACCAAGUGAAAGUUGGUUAGCAUCGUAAAACCGAAGGGCCACUUUACCGCAAGCUAACGUUAGCUUGUGGCUAGCAGUGAUUCCAGGGAUGCUAAGGGGACACAUUUAGGAUAACCUGUAAAUCCUGCUGUGAUGCAUUCACUGGCUCAGGAGAUCCAGGGCUUCUCCAAGAACCGCCUGAAGAAACAGUGCACGCGUGUUACCACGGUGACGGGCAGGAGGCUGCUGGAGAGGAGGGGUGAUGGAGGAGAGGAGGAGGAGCAGGUUGAAGAGCUGGAGGAGGGAGAUGGAUGUGGAUUCGUAGAGGAUAACAGUCUGGACCUUCAAGUUGGUGUCGUUAGACCCUUCCUGCUGCUGGCCUCUCAGGAUGCGGCCCACGACAUUGACACCCUGCAGAGACAUAAGGUGUCCCAUGUGCUAAAUGUGGCCUAUGGAGUCAAUAACCUGCUCCCAGAUCAGCUGGUUUAUAAGACUCUGCAGAUCCUGGACCUCCCAGACACCGACAUCACUUCAUAUCUGGAGGAAUGCAGCUCCUUUAUAGAUCAGGCACGAGCACAGGAAGGUGUGGUGCUGGUCCACUGUAACGCGGGGGUAUCGCGCUCCUCCUCCAUCGCCAUUGGCUACCUGAUGUUGAGGGAGGGGCUGUCGUUUGAUGACGCGUACGGCCAGGUGAAGCUGGCGAGGCCCUCCAUUCGCCCCAACCCCGGCUUCUACCAGCAACUACAGAGCUACAAACGUUAAAGCUGCAUCAACUAUUUCUUCUGGUCCACUUGGAAAACACACACAUCACAUAUCAUCACCCUUUAAGUUACUGAAGUCAACCUGUUAGCAAACAGUCGCUUAUUUACACGUGCAAGCUCUGUAGUCACUCUCCUUCGAGCUCUGUUUUGGUCUCCACCAAAUCCUGAGGGAAAUAUCUGGCUCUUUAUCUGCGAGAUGUUCCACUGUGUUUGGCUAACUGUGUCUGUCUGCUUAGCAGGAUGUGUUCAGUGGCUUUUUAGAGUAAGUAUCAUAAACGAGGGAACCAGGGCGAAGUUACCACCCGUUCUCAAAGUCGUCACAUACCGCCGCUUUAGGGGGAGUGGUCAGUUAUUUUGACAUCAGCACAAAAAGGCACCCUUUCACAGUGGUAUGAUACAUCACCGGGCAGCAUCAGUGCAUAACGCCACUACGUUAUAACGCCACGUGUCAAAAAAUGUAAAUGCACAACCCCACAUCGGCAGUGGCUAGAUCCACGUCAGCGUUCCUGGACUCGCUGCCCCACGCCACUUGACGCCACUGUCCUAUUUCCAGCCUCACUGGCCCCAAAAUUAAAUGCAUUUUUCCCUCACUCGAACCCUGCUUGUACACACCAGCUCCCACAGCAGCUCCUUUUCUCUGCUCCUCUGGCAGCUCGACUCCUCACUACUGAUGUAUAAAGAGAACUCAGUAUCUGUUGCUGUGUCUCGUGUGAGACAAAGAAUAUAUGAGAUGAGACUCCUUGUUGAGGUCGAGAAAUAUCCCGAGCUAAACGACCCACAAUGCCGAUAUUAUAGACAGUGGCCCAAAAGAUAAUCCCUGGUGAGUCACAGCUCUUCAGGUGAGACAUCAAGUUUAAUUAGCAGCUGUCCACACAUGAUUUUAAGCUAACGCAGAGGUGGAGAAGGUGAAAGUAGUAAUACAUUUGUGUGGUCGUCUGUUGACAAUCUGCAGCGCGACGUGUCCAGUUCAGCUUGAAAGUCCCUACAGGGUGAUAAGGAAGGGCAGUGGACGAGUCGAACACACACCGGACUUUGAGCCAGGAGCCUGCUGUUUGCUUCCUGUGUGAAUGUUGAGCCGAACCAUGAUGUUUUUUUUUCCAAACCUAACAACGUGUUUCUGUUGCACAAGGAAAUAAACAUAAAUACGACUCUGUACAACAUCAGUACGGUGAUGCGGUGACUUCAUCUCAUAGCCUUCCUCAGCGUAUGGAGCUGCUCAUUUCACAUAAUUUCUAUACAUGUGAUAGAUGUGUUGUUUGUGUGUGCCAUAUGUAUGUUCAUCCCCAGUGUGCAUGCAUGUGCUGAGUGGGCCCUUUAUAACCAUCUGUGAUCUUUUGUCUAAAAAUACAGCCAGUGAGUGAAACACUGCGUCUGCCUCUCGCUGCGCAGACAGCUUUGUUAACUGAUUUUCUAUUAGAUCAGCUCUCACUUUCUUUGCAGCAUGGAUUGUUUUCUAAUUAAAGAUGUACCACUUUUUUUCCGGAGGUGCAACUUGAUUUCUUUCUCAACUACACAAGCAGGUACGCCGUCAAUUAUAAUGAUUGCCCUCACUGCUGCAUUGUCUCUAUCAAUUUCACAACUUUGCAAAGUUGAUGGGCUAACCUCGCUCCCUUGAAAUAAUUAGCUUGUAAUUAGCUUGUUAGAUAAUGAGGGAGAAUCCAGUUGGCUCACAUGCUAAUCAACAAACACCUCUGG